AUGUUUUCUCAUUUUCCCUGUUUUCUUCAGUCGUCGGGUGGAGCAAGAGGGCGCGGCCGUGCAUCCCAAGGGAGCUCGCCUUUCCGCCGUCGUGGAGACGAAAGCGACCAGGAGGCCCCCGUCGACGGAGAGCAAGGCGUGGUGCUGUCUGAGGUCGAUGAGGAAGAUGACGACCAGGGCAGACUGCGCGGAGGCGUCCUCGAUGAGAACGUCGACUACUUCCAGGGAACCCGCGAGCUGGACGUGGAGGAACGGAGGGCGGAAGAAGAGGGCGAGAAAAUCAUCGAUGAAGAAAAUGCGGACGACCUCGUCUAUGGCAUGCGCGAUGACGAGCGCGAGCGCGAGGCGUUCCUCGCGGCGGGCAUGGACGCCGACGCCUUCGACGCCUCGCUGAUUGACGACGAAGGGCUCGAUGACUUGGAUCCACAUCUGGAAGAGAAGGCGCGCAGGGCCGCUGAGCGCCAUUUGGCUGCGCGCGAAAAGGAGGCGCGGCGGCGGAAGCGCGGCGACAGAGCCAGAGGAGACAUCUGGGCUCAGCUCCUCGAGGAAGAUGACGAAGGCGUCUCGGAGAUGGACCGCGUUCUUCGGCGCGUCGAGGAGCGCCGGCGCCGCUUCUUUUCUGGCACGGGUGUCGGGGGUCGCGGCAUCGAGCACAUCAACCUCCACGACCUCAAUGAAGCGAAAAAACUCCUGACAGAGUCGAAUCCCGCACUCGUCCCCUUCGGCGAACAGCACCAGCAAGCCAUGGACACGCUUUUCAAGUAUUUUCUAUACAAGUUCAACUUGUUCGCCUUCCGCCGCGGGCAGCAGGGCGGCGGCAUGGAGGAGGACGAGGGUGACAACAAGAAGGACGACAAGGCGCUGUACUACCUCGACAAAAUUCAGGAAAUGAUUCGCGAGGACCGCGCGACCAUGCUGGUCGAUACUCGGCAUCUGAUCUUCUUCUCGGAUCAGCUAGUCAAGUGGAUUGAGGCCUACCCGCUGCCGUCGCUCCAGGUGCUGAACGACGCAGUCACAGUCGAAGCCGAGGCCUCCUGUCCUUCGCUGUACGCGACGCGAAUCUGCUCAGUCGUGCUCACUGACUGGCCGUACAAGGAGGAGCUCCGUCAGCUGCGGUGCACCCACCUGAACUCGCUCAUCUCUGUCUCCGGCGUCGUGACCCGGAGGUCCUCCGUCUUGCCAAAGAUGCGCCUGCUGUACCUGAAAUGCAACAACUGCUUGAACAGCAUCACAGACAUCCCCAUCCAACUGGUCCAGGGCAGAAAGAACGACGCGAUGCCGAGAAAGUGCCCGCACUGCCAGGGCUCGCGGUUCAUCAUCGACCGCGUGAAGACGGCGUUCGUCGAUUUUCAGCGGCUGACUCUGCAGGAGUCUCCGGGAAAAGUCCCCCCGGGCCGGCCUCCUCGGCAGCGCGAGGUGAUUGUGACGGGCGAGCUGGUCGACAGCAUCAAGCCGGGCGAGGAGGUGGACGUUCUCGGCAUCUAUCAGACCAAGUGCGACUACUCGCUGAACGUGAAGACUGGAUUUCCGAUCCUAGCCACGGAGAUCCUCGCCAACAACAUCGUGCGGACGAGCGACGCGCGCUUGACCGAGUUCACUGAGGACGACCUGCGAGAGAUCAAGCAGCUCUCUCGCGACCCGCACAUCCGCGAGCGCAUCUUGGCGUCGAUUGCCCCCGCCCUCUGGGGCAACCGCGAAGUGAAGACCGCCAUCGCGUACGCGCUCUUUGGAGGCGUCGCCAAGGGCCGGAACAGCGGCGACAAGGGACAGGACGGCGACGCCGCCAGUCUCCUGAUGGGCGCCCACAACGUGCUUGGAAAGUCGCACCUCGGCGGCAGCUGGGCUGGCGGCGCAGAUGCGCGAGGCGGCGACGAAAACGCUGCCCAGGGCGGCACCCUCGGCUCCAGUCCCCAUGCAAUCAGAGGCGACAUCAACGUCCUUCUCCUCGGUGACCCCGGGCUGGGGAAGUCGCAGGCGCUGCAGUACGUCGCCCGAACCUUCCCGCGCACAGUCUGCACAACCGGCAAGGGUGCCUCAGCUGUCGGUCUGACGGCCGGCGUGCGGAAAGACCCGCAGACUGGCGAGUGGACGCUGGAGGGCGGUGCCCUCGUGCUGGCAGACGAGGGCAUUUGCCUGAUUGACGAGUUCGACAAAAUGGUUGACCGCGACCGGGUGUCCAUUCACGAGGCGAUGGAGCAGCAGUCCAUCUCGAUCUCCAAGGCCGGCAUCGUGACGACGCUUCGCGCGCGGUGCUCGGUCAUCGCCGCGGCGAACCCGAAAUUCGGUCGCUACGUCCCUUCGUACACCUUCAAGGAGAACGUGGACUUGUCGGAUCCGAUUUUGUCGCGAUUUGACCUUGUCGCGGUCCUCAGAGACACGCCGGACGCCGACGAAGAUCACUACCUGGCGGAGUAUGUGCUGACGCACCACCAGCUGGCACAUCCGAACAUCUCUCACUUGGAGAAUUACCAGCAGCGCAUGGAGGAGCUGGAGCACAUCAUGCUCGGAAACCAAGCCUACGAGCCGAUUCCUCAAGACCUGCUUCAAAAGUAUAUCCUCUACGCAAGAGCCAACUGCCGCCCGGUCCUUGAUCCCUCGCUUCCCUCGCUGGCUGCCAAAGUCUCAUCCUUCUAUGCGCGCCUGCGCCGAAGAGCCGCAGCGACCGGCGGGCUGCCUCUCACGCUGCGUCACGUCGAGGCCCUCCUCCGCAUGGCUGAAGCGAACGCGAAGAUGAGGCUCUCUCCCGUCGUCAGCAACACAGAUGUUGACUUCGCGAUUGCGUCGCUCCUGGACUCGUUCAUUUCCUCCCAGAAGUUUGCCGUUCAGCAGCGCCUCGGCCGCGAAUUCGCCAGGUACCGCGCGCUGGCGCGGGGCGGCUGGGCGACGCUCGCGGCGUUGCUGCGACGGCUCAUGCAGCAGCGGCUCCAGCGGGCGAUGCUGCAACGCGCGGGCGGCAUGGACCCCGACGCGAUGGAACCGCUGAGUCAAGCCGAUCUCGAUCGUGCGCGGAGAGUCAAAGUCCACGAGUUUGUCAAGGUUGCCGCCCAGAACAAGUUCACCGCCUAUCAAGUCGAAGCCUGGAUGGCCUCUUCGCAUUUCACCGAGCAGUUCCGCAUUCUCCAAGACGGCGACGAGAAAGUUAUUGUGUCGCUCAACUGGAGCCGGCCGGGGGCGGUGGCAGCCGAAGCGAGCAGCUAA